UCAUAUUCAGUCUUCUCUCAAGUACUUUUUCCGCGCCCACUUCUAUAUAAAAGGGCCAUUGGCAUUCUCUAUAUCCCCAUUCAUUAAUCGAAGAUCAUUAUUUUAGAUAACUGAAAAAUGGUAGCCCCCAGGAUAAGCCUGAAUCUUUUGAUAGACAAUAAGAGAAAGCGAGUGCUGUUUGCCGAAACAGGUAAGGACUUUGUUGAUUUUCUCUUAGAAACUUUCACCCUGCCGAUCGUAACUAUCACCAGGUUCCUAAAGAACGAAGGCCUGCAGUUAGGCAGCUGCCUGCAAAGCCUGUACGAGAGCAUUGAAAACCUGAGCGAUACUUGCAUUCUGCCAAGCCAUAGUAAAGAUUUGGUUUUGAAGCCCAAAGUAGUCAUGUACGGUGGUACAGACUCCAUCCUCUUGCCAAAGGUGGAGUCCUAUACGCUCAAGAAGAAAUUCUACAAGUGUCGGAACUCAAGUUGCAGCAUCCGUAAUUAUCGCUUGUCUUCUACAUUUGGCGGACAUUGUUAUGCAUGCAAGUCGUCAUCUAUGGAUGACGAGGUAAGGUUUGAAGAGCUACUUAGCGGAAACAAGUCGAGUGGUAAUUUGAAUUUGUUGAAAGAGGGGGUCACAUACAUGGUGACUGAUGAUCUGGAGAUGGAGCCCAUUUCUACCGACAAUUUCAUAACUCUGCUUAAUGAGUAUGAUAUCACGGACGUAGGGGCGCUUGAAAAGCAAGUGGUCAUUCUGGGCAAGGACGAGUGUGUGAAGUUGCUUAAGGCUGCACUGCAAUCCAAGACUGUUUUGACUGAUGUCUUCCUGUCAAGACCAACUGAAAUUGAGGAGUCGAUCGAAACAGGUAUUGGAACUUCUGAGGGUUAAAGGUGAAGCUGAGGAUGAUGGGAAUAAAGGUGAUGAUGAUCGUUAUGAUGAUGGUGAUGAGGAAGUGGGAUAUGUCUAAGGAGGAACAGGGACACUAAAGGUUUAGCAUGUGAACAUUCAAUUCAUGUCUUCAAACCCUAGUAAUUAGGCUGUGCAUCAUGUUGCAAUAUCCUAUCCUAUCCGUACUAGAUGUUUAAAUCGGGUGGAUAUCCGUUCGAGUAUAACUGAUUACAAUAUUCAAUUUUGUUUUUUGAUACAUUUGCAAGACCUUCAUUUGAUAGGUUUGGGAGUUAUGUGAAUCAGACCGCUUGCCUUUUGACUA